AUGGUAGAUAUUUCAACUGUUGCCAGCGCAGUUGGUACAUCAAUGCAAGAUAGAUAUUCAAUAGCUCUGGCAUUACUCUGGAAAUGGUUAAACAGUCUGUACUUGGAGAAGAAAAAAAGCAUUAACGGUUUGUUAGUAAAGAUCAUCGACUACGAUGUGGACCUCACUUAUUCAGAAGAAAACGAAUUUACAGAACCCAUUCCUGGAGUCGAUUAUGAAAACAAGAUGGCAGACAGGGUUGACGGUAUGUCUGAACAGGAAUUAUUAAAUAUGAUGGUUUGCAAGAGGUUAAGAAUGUUAAGAGAUUUUGCAAAUUAG